AUGGGCACUUCUAAAUACUUAAAUGGAUUAAAACAGUACAUCGAGAUGUGCAACAAGUCCAAAAAUUUCAUGCAUUUUGCUGGAGCGAUGCGGCCGAUCUCUGCAUCUGAAGGUCGUGUGAAGGUGGAGUUUGACGUGUCGCAUGCGAUGCUAAACCCUGUUGGAACUCUCCAUGGUGGUUGCACUGCCACACUUGUUGACAUAGUUACUACAGCGGCAUGCAUGGCGACUCCGAAAGGACUUCCAGGCGUUAGCGUCGACCUGCAUGUGACAUAUCUAGCAGCAGCUAAGGAAGGUGAGACGGUCCUAGUCGAUGCUGAAGUUAUUCGAGCCGGAAAUACCUUGGCCUUCACGAAGGCUGAUCUCAUCCAUAAAGCAACCAACAAAAUCAUCGCGACAGGAUUACACACUAAGGCUUUCCCUGGUGCCAAAAAGAAGGAAUCAUAG